ACCGGCACGACAGUGGGCUCUGAGUCAAUUGGCACGACAGCGGGCACCGGGUCACCAGGCAUUGGAUCGUCUGGCUCGACAGCGGGCAUCGGGUCACCAGGUAUGACAGCGGGCACUGGGUCACCAGGCAUCAGGUCAUUUGGCUCAACAGCGGGCACCGCGUCAUCUGGCAAGACAGUGGGCACCAAGUCAUCCGGCACGACAGUGGGCUCUGAGUCAAUUGGCAUGACAGCGGGCACCGGGUCACCAGGCAUUGGAUCGUCUGGCUCGACAGCGGGCAUCGGGUCACCAGGCAUCAGGUCAUUUGCUCGACAGCGGGCACCGCGUCAUCUGGCAAGGCAGUGGGCACCGAGUCACCAGGUACGACAGCGGGCUCUGAGUCAAUUGGCACGACAGCGGGCACCGGAUCAGGUACCGGAUCAUCUGGAUCAACAGCGGGCAUCGAGUCAACUG